UUUUUUUUUUAUUUUCAUCACGUGAUUUGACGUCAAUUUUUGCAGAAAACAAAGAUGGCAGCGGGUCCGAAAUGGGGCUCGUUGCCUAGCGUACUGAUUGUGGACAUACUGUCGUACCUUUCGCAUGAAGACCGACUGAAAGCGUCUUCAAUUAACAACAGAUGGAGAAAUUGCCUUUUUCACCCGUCUCUAUGGACCAAGAUUAAGUUUCAUCUUGGAUUUUCGAAGCGACACAGGUCCAGAUUUUUAGCAGACAGAUGUGGCCGUUUCGUCAGAGAAGCAGUGAUCAAAUUUAAUGCACACAGCUGUACUGAAGUGAGGGAAAGCUCGCGGAUUGUUUCUAUAUUGGGAUCCAAUAAGAAUCUACAGCAUUUUGCGUUGUUUCCGUCAAGUUGUCACAUCGAAUGGCCAGAUACGAAUUUCGUAAACAGGUAUUUAAAUGGCAUUGAAAGCAUAGUUCAGACAAGCAGAAGAUUGAAACAUUUCUCUCUGGGCUGUGUAGAAGAACUUUUAGAACAUUCCAAUGGCCUGUUACAGCUGUUAUCCAAACACCACUCACAGUACUUGAAGCACUUAUUCCUAGCCAGUGUCAAAGAAGACAGUGAGAACUAUGGGAUCAUAUGGUUGACCCCAGAUGACCUUCGACCAUUCCACCAGCUGAGUCACCUUAGCUUAGAUUAUGACUACCUUACAAAUAAUGUAUUGGAGUGCUUUGUGGACCGAAGUCGAGCAAAGUUAGAAAAACUGGUGAUACAUGUCCAUGGUAUUGACAGCAAUCAUGAGAAAAUUUCCAAUGCAUCGUGGCAAAUGUUGUCAGCCCACAACCCAGCCCUGGAAGUGACCAUUAACCUAGUACACUCAUUUGAUGGAGUGGAGUCUUUGCUUGAUAUUCUCCAGCCAAAUCUGCCACUUGCUCAUUUCAGACAGUUUUUCUGCACCAACCUGAAUACUGCAGCAAUACAUUUUAUGUCCACACUGUACAGAAACAGCCUACAGUCAGUGUACAUUUUGGAUGGCUUGAUGGAUGGUUACCCUGUUCCUUACAUAAGUCAGACCGACGAGGACCCAUUUGUAAUGUUAGCCUGGAGGUGUAACAAACUACAGAACUUCUCACUGAUAGGCUAUGAGAUCUCGGAUGAUGAUGUUAUAGCCAUUGCCAGACUAAGAGGAAGCAACCUGAAGUCAUACAACAUCCCACAUUGCUGUAUCUCUACAGUAGAGGAGGAGGAACACAUUGCCUGGGUCAGCCAUGGCAGUUACGCUCAAGACUUCCCACAAAAGGUAUUUGGAUGGAGAGUAAACUCAGGUGACCUAUUGCAAUUUCUCUGUGUCUGCUGUCUUCUUUUGUGCAUUAAGAAUUGUACGAUUUUUAGCUCACCUGAACCGAAGGUUCAAGUGAGCUUUUCUGAUCGCUUUUUGUCCGUCGUCUGUCUGUCUGUCCGUCUGUCUGUCUGUUAAACUUUUCACAUUUUCAACUUCUUCUCCAGAACCACUUGGCCAAUUUCAACCAAACAUGGCCAAUAGCAUCCUUGGGUGAAGGGCUUUCAAGUUUGUUCAAAUGAAGGGCCGUGUCCCUUUCAAAGGGGAGAUAAUCACAAAAAUGCAAAAAUAGGGUGGUCAUUUAAAAAUCUUCUUCUCAAGAACCACUGGGCCAGAAGAGCUGAAAGCUUCCUGACAUAUUGCAGAUUCAAGUUUGUUCAAAUCAUGGCCCCCGGUGGUAGGAUGGGGCCACAAGGGGGUAUCAAAGUUUUACAUACAAAUAUAUAGGGAAAAACUUUAAAAAUCUUCUCAAGAACCACUAAGCCAGAAAAGCUGAGAUUUACAUGAAAGCUUCCUGACAUAAUGCAGAUUCAAGUUUGUUCAAAUCAUGGCCCCCGGGGGGUAGGAUGGGGCCACAAGUGGGGGGGGGGGGGGGGGGUCAAAGUUUUACAUACAAAUAUAGGAAAAAUCUUUAAAAAUCUUCUUCUCAAGAACCAUUGGGCCAAAGAAGUUGACAUUUACAUGAAAGCUUUCUGACAUAGUGUAGAUUUAAGUUUGCAACGGGUAGUUUGGGCCAUAAUAGGGACUAAGGUUUUACAUGCAAAUAUAUAUGGAAAGUCUUCAGAUAUGGGCCAAGGUGACUCAGGUGAGCGAUGUGGCCCAUGGGCCUCUUGUUAAGUUCUUGAUAACUACCAAGGGGGCAUAAAUUGUAAAUUUCAGGACUCUGCACCCCUGGGACCGUAGGGGUGGGACAAUAAUAUUCUCUACAACCACACGUGUAAGAAAAACUAAUUGAAGGUAGCUCAUUAUACCAAAGUUUUAUUUAAUGGCUUAUCAAAACCCCUCAUAAGAAGUAUGAUUUCACCAUUGAAAGAGUUGUAUUAGCUCUCGGUUCUUUUAUAUAAAUUUUUUGUGAUUUUUUCCAGAAGAAUUAAAAAGGUGUUUUGUUUGCAAAUAAGAGAAUUCAAGAGUCCAACUAUUGCUGUGAAUUGAUGCAUGAUAUCAAUAUAUAAUAAAACAUGCCUAAAAGACUUGCAUAGAUGUUCUGAUUUCUUAAAAAACAAGAUAUGUAUGAAAAUUGAUAAAGCUAUUUGUUGAUAUUUAUUAAAUAUACAGAUAAAAUCUUCAAAAACCAUGUCAAUUAAAAAAAGAAUGUGUUAACAAUUGAACAUUUUUAACUCCUUGAUAAAUAUUCCAAUUCUUUUCAGAUUUGGUAUGAAGCAUGUUUGAAACAAGAGACAUGAAUUGUAAAGGGGCCUUAGGGGUGGGACAAAAAUGCCAUGAAUUAACCAAUUUUCAAAAAUCUUCAUCUCUACAACUGUACAUGUGUAAGAAAAACUAAAUUCAUAUACAGGUGACUCUCGAUAACUCGAAGUUCGAGGGACCUUGAUAAAACUUCGAGAGAUCGAAAAUUGAAGGUCCGCCGAUAUGGUUCAGAUUUUACAGUAACCGGAAAUGUUUACCAACAAGAUCAUAUCGUUUUGACAUGUUUUCCUUCAUAUUUGUCAGUUAGGUAAUUUAAAUAGAAAUAAAGAACCUUAUUUUGCAUUAAUAAAAAGAUUUCAAAGUUUAUGUAUUUAUUUGCUCUUGAAUCAUGCUAAAAUAGGCAUACAAAACCAAGUUCCAAUAAAGUUUUACUAUCGCUAACUAAACAGAGCACAAUGUUAUGUCGCUUUACACAAAGCAAAAAUUCUAAGGAAUGAGUAAAACAAAGUUUCAGAGUAACUUUACACAAAGAUUAAUCUCGAGAGAUUUUAACAGUCUGUAGAUCUCUAAAUUAAUGUAUAAAACUUACUCUCUCGUUGUUAAGUCAAAACAAAUUAUGGAUUUUAUUCAUGGCUGGAUUAUAUAUAAUUCUUUUCAUGACAGUACCACCACCCCCCACCCCCCCCACCACCCCGUGCAAGGUGUAAACUGACCUAUUAGCCAAUUAUAUACUCAAGUGUGUCACCUCCACAAUGAAGCACACACUAUGUUUCACCUAUGUAAACACCUUAUUACCACAGCCACACUACCCUCCAGCAUUGCACAAAAUCCAGGUAAAGUCCAAGGGGGAAAUUAUAAACAAUGAAAUGUGUUUUACGGUACCCAACUUCACUUCGAGAGAUUGAGAACUUCAAGAGAUCGAUAGUAAAUUUACUUUGUUAUAUAGAGAGAAAAAUCGGGACCAUGAUGUAGAGCAGGAAGGCCUCUACCAAAAUUGUAAAUUUCAUGAUCUCCGGGUAGAGGUUUUGAUUCCAGGGUGGGGCCAAACUUGGUUUGUUUGUAUAUUAUAACAGCUGCAAAAUUUGGCCUAUGCUUGGCGCUUAGGACCUUUAAGCAUGGAGAGAUCUUUAUCGUGACACGGGGCCUCAUUUUUUAUGUUCUCAUCCAAAGGACUGCCCCAUUUAAUUGCCUCUUAAAUGGGACGGUCCUCUGUAUAUUUUAUUACACUGGUACAGCAUAAGGAGUAGAUGACCCAUAUUGAUUUUUAGGUCACAUGGUCAAUUCAUUUUUGGCAUAAGAAUAUAUUGUCUGCUCAGUAUUUUGAAAUGGUGACACCUCUAUCAAUUAAAUGAUGCAUGUGUAUAACCCUUUUCAAUUUUGCUCCAUGGGAGGCAUACAUGUUUUACAAACAUCUCUUGUUAAAUAUAAUGUAUAUAAUAUUAAACACCUAUGGAUGAUGCAUUGAGAUGAUCUAUAUAAAAUGCUGUGUUCAAAGACCUAAUAUGCAACAUUAAGCUACAAUACACGGGAACCAGUGACUAUUUGAUUGCUAAUCUAUCCCGUUACACCAUACAGUCACAAGCUCCAAAUUUUUUUUAUGUAAUGCCUAUAUACUUUGUUUGGGAAACAGGCAGUAAUGCUAGCUAGCCAGAACGCUCUGUAGUGAGACAUCCACUAACAAGUCAUUCUAUUAGCAAGUCGUUAUUUCUACACAUGUUAAGACGUAUGAAAAUGCUGAGAGUCACAAACUAUCAUAUGCCAUUGGAUAAAAUGAGAAUAAAUUCAAUGUAUUUCAAAUUUAUAUGUAUUUCAGGUGUCAGAAAACCUGAAAUGGAAUUGGACUCCUAUAGAAGAUGAUGACCUUCCAUUGGCAGUGUUUGACAUUUCAGCAGAUGCUGAGAGAGCAUAUAUGAGUAUUCUCCUCUCAGAUCAACAAGUUUAGAGAAAUCAUGUCACCUUAGCAAGUGUAACAAGAAAUCAGGUCAUUUUAUCAGAUGUAGUAAAAAUCAGGUUACCAAUGUAGAUCUAAUUUUUUGGUAAAGGUCUCAACAAAUCUUUCAAAAUCAAUGAAAAAAAGAUUUUUAAAACAUAGAAAUAGCAAAAGAAUGGAGUAAUCCCAAUAAUGAAAUGGGAGUCACCAAUAGAUAGAGCAUAUAUUGAGUUAUUGAAGUCUUUCAGUACAAUAAUCUGUUAUCUAUGAUUUUAUGUUAUCUUCAGAGUUUACAAAAGAGCAACAUGUUUGCUUGUAAUGGUCACAUUUUGAACUUUUUAAGCUAUAUUAUUAGUUCACCUGAAUUAAAAGCUCAAAUUACCUUUUCUGAUCACAUUUUGUCUGGUGCCUGUCUGUCUGUCCAACUGUAAACUCCUCUUUCCAGAACCACACAUCCAAUUUCAAUAAAACUUGCCAUAAUGCAACCUUGGGUGAAAAGAAUUUAAAGUUGUUCAAGUAAAGGGUCUUUAAUACCCAUUUCAGAAUGGAGAUAAUUAAGAAAUUGUGAAGAUAUGGUGGCUUCUGUUAAAAAUCUUCCCAAAAACAGAAGAAGACAGAUAAUCAGAAAAGACAAAAAUUAUGUGAAGCUUCCUUAAUGAAGAUUGAAAAUUCUUCAAAUCACGACCGCCAGGGGUAGAGUAGGGCCACAAUAGAAAAUCAAAGUUUUACAAGUGGAUAUAUAAGAAAUGUCUUUAAAUAUCUUCUCAUGACCAGUAAAGCCAUCAUUUGGUCAUUGAUAUGCAAUCAUCCUCAUGUAGUGUGGAUUCAAGUUUGUUCAAAUCAUGGCUCCAGGGGGUAGGAUGGGGGUCACAAAAGGGGAACUAAAUUUUAUCUUUUAUAUAUAUAUAUAACCUAGUGUUUUACAUGAAAAUAUAUAGGUAAUUUUAAAAAAAAUCUUUUCAAGAGUAGCAGGGCCAUGCUAAAUCAUGUCAAUAUGCAAAUGUUCCCAGGUUGUGUGAAUUCAUUGUUUUAUCUUAUUGAUUUUUGGGAUAAGUUGAGGCUAAAAUCAGAGAUCAGAUUUUACAUAAUCCAUGAAUAUAGGGGGAAAAUCUUUUAUAAAAAUUUUCUUCUCCAGAACAGCAAGGCCAUAUUAAUCAUAUUGAUUGAAACAUUCCCAUGUAGUGUGGAUUAAAGUUUUGUAAAAUCGUAAUGCCAUGGGGCUAAGUUGGGGCAUAAUAGGGGUCAAAAUUUGUCAUGGGAUUAAAAAUGGUAAACAUCGUCUGAAGAAUAGCAAGGGUAAGGUGACUCAGGUGAGUGUUGUGGUCCAUGGGCCUCAUUUUCAAAUGUGACAAAGAUGUAAAUAGUGUCAGUUUUGCUACUGUUUUUAGUUCAGAUAUUUAUGAUUGAUGUUCAUGAACCUUUUGCUAUGCAGAGAAAAUUUGUCCUCUCAAUGGAAAUGGCUAAUGGUUAUAACAGUUUAUGAUUGAAACUGCGCAUCAAAGUACUGUGUUCUUUUUUUAACUUUAAGGCCUAAAAGAAAAAAAAUAAGUGAUUUUUUUGUUAAAGCUUACAUUUAAGGGUUGGUUGAGAUCACUAUGUUCAGUAAAAAAGACCUUGGAAUUGAUUAUUUAAAUACAAGGCAAUGAUAAUUAGAGGUUAUGGGACAUAUAGUUUUUGGUCUGUCUGUGUUUGUCUGUAAAACCUUUAGCAUGUGUAUCCCUUGUGACAAGACCUUUUUUUUUCUGGUACCAACAUUUUUUACCUUGGGACCUUCACCUCGGGGUUUGACCUACUUUUGAUAAACUUUGAUUUGGGCCAUCAUGUUUGAAUGGUUGAUAGGGCUUUCAUCUUUUACUUGUGUAUUCCUUUUGACAAGACCUUUUUUUUUUUGGUACCAAAAUGUUUGACACCUUGACCUUGGAAUUUGAUGACCUACUCUUAAAAAAUUAAAUCUUCUGAAUGGUUAGUGAUGGGGCUUUCAUAUUUCAUAUGUGUGGUCCUUGUGACAAGACAUCAGAAUUACUUUGCUGUCAUACAGGGGCAUCAGUGUUUCACAAUCCCAUCUUUUUUUCCUAGAGCAUAGUCUUAGUUUUCAUUCAAAAUAUUCCAAUUAGAGUAAUAAAAAAUUCGCCAGAGAAAAAUAACAAAGAAAAGUGUUUGAAUUUUUUAAGUUCUGAGAUGAUACCAGAUUUUUUAAAGCCCUCUAGCCCUCUUUGAAUGACAUAAAAUGCUUAAAAUUAAUUGUUUGCAUUGCCUUUGUCAAGGGUCAUACAGAGCCUUUAAUCCCUGCUAGCUACUUUCCUAAUUAUUCUUUAAAAAGAUACUUUUCUUCAUAUGCUAGAAAAAUGUAAGAUAAAGCUUAAUUGGUAUGAUUUUAAAUUUUAUACAUACCCCAGGAUAAUUGUGAUACAUGUACUAGAUUUUAUUAAAACAGCCCUUGUAAGUAAAUCAAAAACACUUCUCUUACAUGUAGGUCUUGUAUUUUAUAAUGGAAAGGGAUAUUGCUCCAAAAUUGAGUUGUAUCUACAUAUAUUAUUUGUACAAAAACAUCUUAUUAAUGAUAUAUAAGUCUACACUGACAGAUCAUAGUACUGUCUGAACAACUGUCAAUUCUUCUAGUCAUGUGUGUUGCAUAAAAACUGUAGAAACUGAAACAUCCAUAAUAUUAGCCAAAGGUACAAGAUAAUGUGAUAUGUGUUGAACAGUGAAAGUCACCUAUUGUGUUACCUAAAUGUCUUAGGUGGAAAAAAAAACCAUGGAAUUUUUUUUGUCGUAUAUAUAUUUAUUGUGAGUGAUGUUAAUAUACGUACAAUUUUUCAUCUGGAAUAGGUGUAUUUGUAUUUUACUGUAUGCCAUGAAAGCCAGCCCAUUGUUUUAUAAAUGUACAGAGAGCAUCCAAUUUUACCGGGUAGAGAUGAUAUCUCCUUUGGAUUUUUUAAGGUCAAGUGCAAUUGUUAACACCUGUUUUUAUACACCUAUCUCUGUUUUGAAGUAUACAUAUGAAAAAUCAGUUGUGACAUUUACAGAGAUGGUGUUAGUAUGCAUUAGUAUUAUAAACAUAUUAUUUAGCAUGAUACUUGUUUAUGGGACAUCUUGAUUUGAGCAUGCUGUAUUUAAAUGCUCUACUACUACAAUUGUAGCGGUGUUGUUUUAUUUAGAUGUGUUUUAUCUUUUUUAGUGGGUAGGAAACUCAGUCCUGUAGAUGUAAAUAAUUUUUUUUUGGCACUGUUAAUAUUUUGUUUGUAAGUAUUAUCCAACAGAAAUGACAUAUUGUGAAUUUGUCAGAUUCAUACAAGUUAACAAUGGAUAUGUAGAACAUCACCAUUUGAAAAUGUGAUAGCUAUCAAAUGAAAGGCAUGUUGUGUAGAGAUUAUUACGGGUAAACAUACGAUCAGCAUAAAUUUACCAUCAUAAAACUUGUCAUCUCAAAGUGGUCUUGUUCCCAAGUUAUGAAACCUGUGCAGGUAUAAAAUGCAGGAAGUAAAGUAUCAUGAAACCCCACUGUAUUUUACUUAACUUGUAUAUUAAUAUUAAAAUGAUCUAUCAUUUAUUGUGAUUUGGUGUACGUGAAACAAGAAAAGCUUUACAUUGUAAAGAUAGAUCUUUUUUCCAUUCAGUUUUGGCACAAUUUAAAAAAUUCGCUGAAAUGUCUGCAACUUUAUAAAAUAGACAGAUUUUUUAUGCAUAUCUGUUAAAUUUUCUUUUAAACUGCCAAAUGCAUGCUUAAUAUGCCAUUAACUUGCACAAAGAUAGGUAUAUCAUGGGUUUUUUAAAAGUAAAAUAAUUGGUGGUUUAUAUAUUAGUGCUAACAUUAAGCAUAUGCCUCUAUUUUAAAGAUGGUUGCAGUAUAUUUCCACUAUGUGCUAUAUUUUAUUAUUUGUGUGGUUUUCAUCAUAUAUAUUAUUUUCUUUGAUGAUUAUAUUUGAAGUUGCGAAUGUAGACAGGACAUUUUUUACCGUAAAUAUAAAGUUUAUAUUAGGAGAAAAAACGCAAUUAAUCUUUUCAAAUACAAGUCCCCAUUAUGAUUGAAAUCCUGUAUGUUCCUUUUAUUUUUACUGUAAAUGGGUGUUAUCUAUAGUCAAAUGAAUCUGUUUAACCAUUUCUUUUAACUGUUUUGGGGAGAAAUGUCAUGUUGAUUAAAUCUACAGAUUGUAAAAUUGUAGUAACAUGUCUACACAGAUUUAUUAUUACACUAGUCCUAUUGCAAAAUUAUACAAAAGAUAUAAGAAUUGACACUUUCAUUCUCAAUUUUUCAUAUGUAUUAAUAUUUAAGUAUGUAUGCACGCAUGUAAGAAACCAUAUAUUAUAUAAAUAGUGCAGUGCAUAUACUUGAGGGUAACACUGAAAAUUUUCACCCAGAGAAAAUUAAGGUCAACUGAGGCACAGCUAAUGUAGAUAAUGGUUUUCUUGGGGUGAAAAUUUUCAGUGUUACCCUCAAUUACAUGUUCUAUUUGUUUUAUACUGAAUGUCACAUUCAUAGAAAAGCAUAAAAAUCCAAUCUAAGUUUGUUUUUUUCUAGAUUGUUGUAGUAAACAUAUAAGAAAAUUUCAACAUGAUGAAAUUAAUUGAAAGUAAAAAAGUUCAAAACUUAACUUUCUGUAAUAGUGAUAUGGUGUGUUUGUGUGUGCACACACUUACCAGGCUGUCAAUUACCGUUUGUUUCUCUUAGUCAGUUUUAUUCAACCUGUUCACUGUAAUGCACUGCAGACUGCAUCUAUUUCAAGUGCUCAACCAUCUUUUUGAAAUCUACAGAGAGCCAGAGGUGUAUGUGCAUCAAUUUGACACAUAAUAUCUUAUAGUAUUGACUUUUCGAUGUUUUUACCUUUGAUAUCUGUACCAAUAUUGUAAUGAUAGCCAUUUACUUAUGAAUGUGAUGCAGUUGUAAACAAUGGGCUUUGAAUCUUGAUAAAUAUGGUGUGUCUAUUUUAAAGCCUGGGAAUUCCAACAGAAAUGAAAGUAGAAUGUAAAUAUAAGAAAAUAAUUUCAUUUUGAAAAUGCAUGAACAGCAAUGCUUCAUGUCAGUAUACUUUUCAUGAAGCAUCAGAGUUCAUAUGCCCUCAUGUAUUUUCAAAAUUGAAAUUCAAUUUUUUAAAUAUCACCCAUUGUCGAGUAAUGUUUCCCCAUUGCUAGAUACCAUCACUCUGGGGUGUGUGGAUUUUACUUCCACAGUGAAACGAUGUUUUUUGAAAUGUUUCUUGGCCAAUGAGAUUCACAUAUAUAUUACUUGAAAUUAUAAUAGAUAUAUGUGUGUUAGGUAUGAGUGUUUGUCAGGUAUGUGUGUGUGUGUGUAUAUAUAUAUAUAUAUAUAUAUAUAUAUAUAUAUAUAUAUAUCUUUUACAGUAUAUAUUAAUAGACAUGAGAAAUUGAGAAUGUGCAGACGUGUUAUUUUUUAGGCUUUCUUCUCUGCUUUAUAGAUACAGAGAACUAGGGGUUUUGAUUUGUAUACUUAACAAUGUUAACCAAACGUGUUCAGAUUCUUCACAAUAUAACAAUUUAUGAGGGCCAUUUUCCAAACGCACGGUACUUGUAUUGUAAUUAUAAUUGAAUUUACAUUGUAAACUAUGAUAUACCACAUGAUAGAAAGUGUAAAUAUUUAUUGCUUGCCGUAAUGCAACAGAAUUCCAUAUCUUUCAUUACUUAGUAUUGCAAAUUUAUUAUGAAACAUUCCACUUUGAUUGGUUUCAGAUAAUUACACCUGUUGAAUAUCCAUGAUAUGCAAACAAAAUAAAUUAAUUAGUAGGAAUUGUGAACAAAGUAUUAAUUAGACUACUUAAUGUAGCACUUCAGUAGGUAGAGUAGUCAGAGCACAGAUAUAUGCUAAUUGGGACCUGGACCAGUAAUUUAUUUUUAUAUAUUUUAUUGUUACCAUCACUGACCGUUAAUGAUGUUGACAACUUGUUCUAUCAGUGUUUUAUUGUUGAUUCUGUUUAUUCUGUAUGCUUGUAUCAGUUGUGCCAGCUUUGGAAAUGUUUGUGGGUUAUUUUUAUUGAGAACCUUAUACAAUGUUAGCAAUAGUCGUUAUGUCUUUUUUAUGUUCAGUUUAGGAUAAAACCAUUGCUUUCUGGUGAUUUUGUGAACUGGAUUGUUUCCAGGUUUUGGGAAACAUUUGUGAAUCUUGAAGUGAUAUACUAACUUGAAUGUAGAUCUCAGAGCUUACGAAGAGCUUAUUCAUGCAAGUGCAAUACAAAAUGAAAGAUCGUAUUUAUUGGUCAUAUGGUGUUAAGUCUCAGAUAGUUUUCCACAAAUGAAAGUCUUAUUGAGAAGGAUGUACAACAAUACUGAUGGCGCUGACUAUCUCUCCCCAUCAGUUGUAACUCUGUAUUGUGUACAGCUGUAUGUGUGUGUAUUUUAACUAAGAUCUGCUUCCUUAUAAAAAGGAAAUUGCCAUUAAAUAUUUGUGUAUGCAUUUAAGAUGCAUUGAAACAUUCCAAAGCUUGCAUUUUUGUAAUCAAAACUGAAUAAUGAUGAUGUUGCAUUGUAAAGGAAGAACUAAAAGGUGCUAUGAUAUUUUGUCAGGUUGAUAUGGAUGUAAGAGAGUUUAAUAUUUGUCACUGAAGUAGUAGUAGCAGUUUUCAAAAUACUGCAAAGUUAUGUAAUGUUUAUAACAUAAGUGGUUUAUCAGAACUUUGCCAAGAGGGCUUUCAUUACGACCUGUGAUCGCGUGAUACUGAAUCUCCAACCCUUACAUCCAUAAAACCUGUCCUCGGGCAUUGACCUCAGAAAUGCUAUCAGAUGCGGUGAUAUUAUGGACAAAUAUAAGGAGAGAAGUGCCAAAAUAUAGUCAACUGUUCCAUAUGCCUUCGGUCAGACACAAUGUUACCAAUGAUCUUUGUUGUUAAUUUUAUUGAAAAAUGUUGAUCAAGAUAGACAACAUGGUAUUUUAAAGUUUAUGUAUAUCUUGACAGUUGGAUUUUAUGUCAAUAAAGUGUUGGGCAUCUGUGCUCCAUUGAAA